AUGGAUGUUGUUAAGAAAAUGGUGUUCUGCAAUUGGGCUAUGGUUAAGAACUAUUGUUUUUGUGAAAGGGGGAGAAUUUGGGUGGGUUGGGAUGGAGAUAUUUUGCAUGUGCAGGUCAUCCAAACUUCGGCUCAAGCAAUUCUUUGUAAGGUUAGAAUUAUGAAAGACAAUUCCAUGCUCUUUUGUUCUAUUGUCUAUGGGAUGAAUAGUGUGGGUGAAAGGAAGGAGCUAUGGAAGGAGCUUAUUCACCAUGCCAAUGUUAGCCACCGUGAGCCAUGGGUUACUAUGGGUGACUUUAAUGCAGUUAGAUUUGCGACGGAAAAGAAGAGAGGUUCUAAUCAAUGGAAUUCGCAAUUUGAGGAGUUUAAUGACAUGUGUAAGGAAGUUGAUAUUGAUGAUCUUAAUGCCAUUGGGUCAUUCUUCACUUGGAAUAACAGAGGAGAGCUCAAUAGGAGGAUUUGGUGCAAACAUGAUCGAGUGAUGUGUAAUGAGCAUUGGAGCAGCAAGUUUCCCAACUCUUUUGCAUCCUUCCUUACUCCGAGCAUAUCGGACCAUUGCCCAAUGGUGGUUGAUAGUGGGCUGAACUUUCAAGGUAAGAAAUCCCCUUUCAAGUUUUUCAACUUUUGGGCAGAGCAUGAGGACUUUUUACCUAUGGUGGAGAGAGUGUGGAGUUUGGAGGUGGAGGGUAACCCCAUGUACAGGCUGGUCUCUAAGCUAAAAGCGAUGAAGGUUGAGCUUAAGAGACUAAAUAUAAAAGAGUUUUGGAACAUUUCAGAAAGAGUGAAAUCUGCUAGAGAUGAUCUAGCCCAAGUCCAAGAAAGGCUUGUUGUGGAUCCGAUUGAUGGUGCUCUUUUGCAAGAGGAGAAAGUUAAGGUGGAAAAUAUGGUCAAGCUUUCAAAAGCUGAAGAAUCAUUAGCCAAGCAAAAGUCUAGGGUUAAAUGGUUACGGGAAGGGGAUGCCAACACAUCUUACUUCUUUAAAUUGAUUGCUGGAUGGAGGAAUAGAAAUAAGAUUGUGUCCUUGGAAAUUGGGGAAGAUUUGGUUACUAGUGAUCAAGAUAGAAUCAAAGAGGAGUUUGUGUCUCUCUACUCAAAUCUUUUCGAAGAUAAGUGUGCGAGCGUUUCCUAUGAGAGCAUGGAGGAACUUAUCACCCCUGUUAUUUUGGAGGAGGAGGCCAACUCCAUGAUUAGUGAGGUUUCCAAAGAAGAGAUUCAAGAGACCAUGUUUGGAAUGAGUAAAGACAAAGCACCGGGGCUAGAUGGUUAUGGAGCUUUUUUCUUUAAAAAAGCUUGGGAUAUUGUAGGUCAUGAUGUUGUUAAAUUGAUCCAAAAUUUCUUCAAUUCUGGGAAGAUGCUUAGAGAGGUAGACCUUAUGAAAGCUUAUGAUUUUGUAAGAUGGGAUUUUGUUAUUAAAGCUCUAAAGCUUCUUGGGUUUCCUUUGAAGUUUAUUAGGUGGGUAGAGGAGUGCAUCAAAACUCCUAAAUACUCCAUAGCCGUUGAUGGGGAAUUAACCAGAUUCUUUAAUGGUUCUAGAGGGCUUAGGCAGGGAGACCCUAUCUCUCACUAUCUCUUUGUGAUUGCCAUGGUCAAGACUUCUAAAUAG